GGCUGCUGUAGAACGCGUCGCUCAGUUGUCACCACCGCUGAACAGAAGUAGAUACACGCAGAGAAAGAAAGAGAGGGGGAGAGGUAGACGGAGAGGGGGAGAAUAGGACUCGAUCAUGACGUCGAGUGGUUUAUGGUGCUUCUGCUGCGCUUGCAUCGGUCAAGCAAGUGUUGGUAUCGUGGAAGAGUGGGGGCGGUUUCAGCGGCUUGCCGGCCCGGGCUUCCUUUUCUUAAACCCAAUUGCCGGAGAAUGCCUUGCCGGCAUCCUAUCCACCCGUGUCUUCUCCUUCGAAGUCCGCAUCGAGACCAAGACCAAGGACAAUGUUUUUGUGCAAUUGCUUUGCUCUGUCCAGUAUCGAGUUAUUAAGGAAAGCGCUGAUGAUGCAUUCUAUGAGUUGCAGAAUCCCCAGGAACAGAUUCAAGCUUAUGUUUUUGAUGUUGUUCGUGCCCAUGUCCCAAGGAUGACCCUUGAUGAACUCUUCGAACAAAAGGGCGAAGUGGCAAAAGCUGUACUGGAAGAACUUGAAAAGGUAAUGGGAGCAUAUGGAUAUAAUAUUGAGCAGAUUCUCAUGGUUGACAUUAUACCCGAUUCUUUUGUGCGAAAAGCUAUGAAUGAGAUAAAUGCAGCUCAGAGGCUUCAACUUGCUAGCGUCUACAAAGGUGAGGCUGAGAAAAUCCUCCUUGUGAAGAAAGCCGAAGCAGAGGCAGAGGCCAAAUAUCUUGGUGGUGUCGGGAUUGCGAAGCAGCGGCAAGCAAUAACAGAAGGUUUGAGAGAGAGCAUCCUCAACAUCUCGAACGGCGUCUCCGGCGCGUCGGCAAAGGAAGUGAUGGACCUCAUUAUGGUGACCCAAUACUUCGAUACGAUUAAGGAACUCGGGAAUUCGUCGAAGAAUACAACUGUCUUUUUGCCUCACGGCCCCGGCCAUGUGAAAGAUAUAAGCGACCAGAUACGUAACGGAAUGAUGGAAGCUUCCUGCAGCAAUGUCGGUCAGUAAUUAGG